GUGAUUCUCAACUGGUUUUGUUGGUCUUCCUCCAAAUUUCUGUCAUGACCCAAUGUCCCUGAAUGCACCUUGCGUCUGUGCUAAUUCGCCUGCUAUGCCAACAUAUGCUGUGUGCCGUAGUUAUGGGUGACUUGGCCAAGCUUUAGCAGGAUUGGAAGGACUACAUCGGCAAAUGUCGAUGACAGCCGUGAAGUCAGUUUACAAGACAGGCACAUGUUCUCAGUUUUUCUUCAUUUUUUUCCCCCUGUGUUGUGGACAUGUGUGCAGUUGCUCCAUUCAAUUUUGUCAUUCAUCUUGUGAUGUUCAUGACUUUCUCGGGUCUUUCUUCCUCAAUGACGACACUACGGCAGCUACAGAAGGAUGAAUCACUUUAUUCCCCAUGAUUGAGUUUUUAAAUAGCAUCGGAUAUCUUCCCUUGUGCUCUGUUUCACUCGUCAUGUUACACUGACCUUUUCAUUUGAGAUUUUCAACAGUUUGGCACUGUUAAUUUAACUGCUGAAACUAUUUGAGGUUAGGGUGUUUCUUAAUAUGGCAAUUAGUAUGGUUGAUCAUACAUACCUCAGUACACUUCAACAGCAUCCAUAUCAUAUUUAUGGAGGGAGAUGGAAGAAUUGGUGCGCUUUAGGAUACAAUAGUCAUCCAGUGUUUUCUAUGUCGCUUAUCCUCACUUGGGUCACAGGGGUAUGCUGGAGCCUAUCAGCUGACUUGGGUGAAAGGCGGGGUACACCCUGGAUUGGUCACCAGUCAAUCACAUGGCACAUAAUACUUUAUAUAGUAGUCAUUUCAAGACAGUGUAUACUCUCUAUGUCAGAGGUGGGCAAACUAUGGCCCGGCGGCCACAUCCGGCCCGUCAAGUGUUUGAAUACGGCCCGCCCGUUCUUUUCAAAGUAUUUAAUUUAAACUUAACAUACAACCUGGCAUCAUGGCUUGAGCCAACUUUUUGAUGGCUUAUAGCUGUUUUAUCCAUUUUGUCUGGUCUUUACAAAGUGCUCCUGAAAAAAGGGACACAACACACAUUCUUUUACAGAUACAAUACUUCCAGGUGGACUGUUAAGUGUAAAAUAUAUAGUCUGGCCCCCCAUAAAUUUUGUUAAAGCAAUGCGGCCCUCGAGUCAAAACAUCUAUGUAAUAUGCAGGCCUAUUGCAAAUGAAAUAAUGAUGCAUUCCGAAAGUCCUGAGCAAGCAAGUACAAAGUGCAAGCAGGUCAUGCACUUAAGUAACCCCAAGUAAACACAGUUGAUAGGCACUCAGUCAGUAGUAAUGCUUUAUGUUACUGUGAACCUUUUUUUUUUUUUUUUUACUAGAGAACGUCUCAAGUUUUGAUGAAUAAACUGUAUGAGGCCUGUAUGUGCUCCCAUUCACCUGGGAUUGUCAAGAACCUGGUGGGUGAAACAUAUCCUUUCACUGUUGUUCAUAUGUAUAUAUAAUGUGAGGGAAAGAGUCUGCCAUAAUUUCAAACCUCCAUUCCACCAAUUGGCAUCCAGCAUAGGGAGAACCUGCAAACUCCACACAUACAAAAUGUCUAAUAGGUCAACAUUUCUAAAAAUAUUAUAUAAUAUAAUAACAUUAUACAUGUAUAUACACACACACAUAGAGCAGAUACACAAACCAUGUUAGUAAACAUUCAAUUCAUUGAAUAACUGCCAGUGUAGCACAAAAGUGAGUCACCUUUUCGGGGUUUUUUUGAUACAGCUCUUAUUGCAUCUCAUUGAACUAUGUGGUGUACCCAAUGAUUUGGCUUGUCUGUAGAGGGCAUGGCGUCCCAAAGGAGAACGAGACAAACAUCAUAAUUACGCAGGACCUCACACCCUGUGCUCUCAUUGGCUGCAUUCAGUCAGGUGUGUCCCUUGGCGGUGUUUUAUGCUGAAGCCUCCGAGCAACAGCCCCCAGACUACUGAAAGUGUCAACCACUGCGGCGUGGUUCUGAUUACGCGAUGGCACACCAGAACGGAGCCUCAGAUCACACUUCGCUUGUCUUUCGAGGAAUGUUUAUUCAUGCAACCCAGAAAGAAGCCGUGCAGGUCAUGGAAGAUGCGCUACUUGGAGUUGAUGCCGGGGGAAAGAUUUCCUUCAUUGGAGAAGGCAAAGAACUGGAUAGACUGUCUGAAACUUUUGGAUUCAGUCCCUCAGCAGUAAUCCAACUGAAACAACAUGAAUUCUUCAUGCCAGGGAUGGUGGACACACACAUCCACGCAUCACAGUACAGCUAUGCUGGCACCGCCCUGGACAUGCCCCUGUUGGACUGGCUCAAAAACUACACCUUUCCAGUGGAAUCAGAAUUUAAAGAUUUGACUUUUGCACAGAAGGUCUACACUCAAGUCGUGAGAAGAACUCUGAGAAAUGGAACAACUACUGCUUGUUACUUUGCCACCAUAUAUACUGACUCCUCUCUCCUACUAGGCCACAUUGCAAAUGACUUAGGACAGCGAGCCUUGGUGGGUAAAGUGUGUAUGGACCAGAACAAUUCUGUGAACUAUUACAAGGAGAGCCUUCAAGAGUCCCUCGAGGAAACACGCCGGUUCAUUUCACAGCUGUUGGCCAAGAAGUAUGCUCUUGUCAAGCCAGUGGUGACUCCUCGCUUUGUCUUAACAUGCUCGGGAGCCUUAAUGGGUCAACUGGGACAGCUUGCUAAAAAUAACAACCUGCAUAUCCAGAGUCAUAUUAGUGAAAAUGUUGAGGAGGUAAAAAUUGUGAAGGAGCUAUUCCCUGAUUGUGACUCCUAUACAGAUGUCUACUACAAACACAACCUGCUUACCAACAAGACGGUGAUGGCACAUGGUUGCUAUCUCAGUGAUGAGGAGUUGGCUUUAUUCAGGGAGACAGGAGCAUCUUUAUCACACUGCCCCAACUCCAACAUCUCGUUGUGCAGCGGGAUGCUGGAUGUAUGUAAGGUCCUGAGGCACAAAGUCAAGCUGGGCCUGGGAACAGAUGUAGCAGGGGGCUACUCUGCCUCCAUGCUGGAUGCCAUGAGGAGAGCCAUGGACACAUCCAAAAUCUUGACCAUCCAGGACCCAAAACAUGAGACCCUCAACUUUGAGGAGGUAUUCCGACUGGCUACACUGGGAGGCAGCCAAGCGUUGUCCCUGGAUGACCAAAUUGGAAAUUUUGAGGUGGGCAAAGACUUUGAUGCACUGAGGGUGAAUGUAGCAGUUCCUGAUGGGCCCAUUGACGUGAUCCAGCAUGAGAAACCAAAGAUUAUUCUGGAAAAGUUCCUUAAUUUGGGUGAUGACCGUAAUAUUGUAGAAGUUUAUGUGGCUGGAAAGAAGGUGGUACCAUUGCCUGUGUAGAUCCUAUGUCCAUAAUAUCUGCUGCAUUGCUUCACAACUGUACUGCUGCAUUUGUUCUCAAAUGAUCUGUCUAAUACUGUAACACAAAUGAAUUAUAGAAUGGUAAUUUAUAUUUAGCUGCGUGUCAACUUUUUGUCAAUCGUGAGAAACUAUGACAAUCCAAGGUGCAAUGGACUUUCUUGCGUCCAACUUGCAAUGCCUUCAUGAUCAUGUUUUAAAGUUUGUGCAGCUUGGAAAGAUGUAUAAAAACAGGCACUUUAAAUGCCAUAGAUUGCAGAGGAACACAAUUGUUUUAAAUCUCCCUUUCGCUGUUCUUUUGAUACAUUUUGUGCAGCUGUUGUAUUGUGUAAUAAAGUUGGCAUCAAAAUGAAAGGAUUGUAAAUUGAGUUUAUGAAAAUGUAGACAUUUUACAUAGAACGUUUAAAUUGUGUAUUUUAAAUUGUACUUCCACUUGGGUUACUCCAUUGG